AUGUCUGCCUUACUGAAAGCUCUAGUAGCUGCAGCUUCCUUUAGCUCUGCUUGGGGCUCAGGGUUCCGCGUCUUCGACAACACGGCUUAUACCAACACAUCCAUUGGCUUUCAGAGCACCAAUAUCAACUGGAUCCCUGCCUACGUCUGCAACCCCCUGACGGAAGGAGGUGUUCUCCCUUCUGCUGCAGAAUGGAAAAGCAUCGUUCUCGAAUGGAAUAUCUAUCCCGGAUACCCUUUAGUGCUUGAUUGUGAAGAUCUGUACUUUACCAGCGCGUCCACCGCAGAUCUCUACCUUGAGAUAUUGAGCACUCUACAGACAUGGGCUGCAGAAGUCGUACCCGCUGGUCAGAUUAUUGGCUGGKACGGCCUCUCUGGAAACACCAUCCCGUCGCUAUAUAGCUAUUACCAAAGCCUGAUCGCAAACUAUAGCAGCCACGCCUUCUUCCCGUCUGCAUACACAUUCAGCAGCAGUAUAUCUACGUGGAACAGCUCGCUCAAUUCAGUGAUUAGCAAAAUAAACGCCAUAAAUGACACGCUACCCAUCUGGCCGUAUACCUGGCCUCAAUAUCACAACAACUAUUCCUUUAUACCGGUAGACCUAUGGGAAACAGAGCUUGAGAUCCUGGCCUCAAACACCAAUCUCGAUGGGUUCGUUAUUUGGGGUGGCAAGAACCAUGCAGUCUGUAACGAUACGUGCCAGCAGACCGCUGGUCAGCAGCCGUGGUUGAAUGCUACGCGCUCUUUCUUGAGCAACCUUUAUGGGGUCUAUAAUGGUGAGCCGCAACGGAAUGGGGCACAGGUCUUUUCUUUCUAG